AUGAAUGGGCAAAUUAAGCUGUCUUCUGUUGCCCAACUCCGAAACACAGAGUCACAUUUUGUCAGUACGAUGUUAUCCUAUGUAUUCACUCUACUGCUACUCUCCAAUGCCGUUGCAUCAAAAUCAAUAAUCAAGUCCCUACCUGGCUUCGACGGUAACCUUCCUUUCGUACUAGAAACUGGGUAUAUUGGGGUGGGAGAGUUGGAAGAAGUGCAGCUCUUCUACUACUUCAUUGAGUCUGAGAGGUGCCCAAAAGAUGACCCUCUUGUGCUUUGGCUCACUGGUGGCCCUGGAUGUUCUGCACUCUCCGGUCUUAUAUAUGAGAUCGGUCCAUUAUCAUUUGAUUAUGCAAAAUCCAGUGGGGGAAACAAACCUGUUUUUGAAUUGAACCCGUAUUCCUGGACCAAGAUUGCCAACAUAAUAUUUUUAGAUGCACCUGUUGGUACCGGAUUUUCCUACUCAACAACAUGGCAAGGCUACCAUGUUAGCGAUACAACAUCAACUGCAGAAACUUACGAGUUCUUAAGAAAGUGGCUUAUGGAUCACCCUAAGUCUCUUACGAAUCCACUCUAUAUUGCUGGGGACUCCUAUUCAGGCAUCGUCGUACCUAUCAUCGUCCAGGAGAUUUCUGAUGGAAACAAAUUGGGACAUCAGCCAAUAAUGAACCUCAACGGUUAUGUGCUUGGAAACCCAGUUACCGAUGAUGAGAUUGACACCAAUUCAGUAGUUCCUUUUGCUCACCUAAAAGCACUUAUAUCCGAUAAACUCUUUGAGUCCUUCAAGAAAAAUUGCAAGGGUGAGUACUUAAAUCCAAAUCAAAGCAAUGCAUCAUGUAUGGAAGAUAUACUAGCCAUCAAGGCGUGCAUUGGAAAAGUUUUUACUGGACAAAUACUGGAACCUUUGUGUAAGGAAGCAUCUCCAAAACCAAAGGUAUCAAAAUGGGAUCCAAUGCUUCUCAUAGAUGAUGACAGUGAUAUUCUGCUAUUAAGUCCCCAUAUUCCUCGACCAUGGUGCCGGCAUUACAAUUAUGUAUACAUCUAUAUUUGGGCUAAUGACAAAACUGUUCGAGAUGCUCUUCAUAUUCGCAAGGGAACCAAAAAGGAUUGGAAAAGAUGUAACAAGACCCUUUCCUAUUUGAAAAAUGUCGCAAGUGCCGUUGAUUACCAUCGAAACUUGACCAAGAAACCAUAUCGAGCUCUAGUUUACAGUGGCGAUCAUGACAUGACUAUCCCAUAUAUUGGUACACAUGAAUGGAUCGAAUCUCUGAAUUUGACGGUUAAGGAUGAUUGGGAACCGUGGUUUGUUGAUGGUCAAGUCGCAGGAUACGCAAUGCUGUAUGCAUACAACGCAUACGAUUUGACAUUUGCAACAGUAAAGGGAGGGGGUCACACAGCUCCAGAAUAUAGGCCUAGGCAGUGUCUCGCCAUGAUUGAUCGGUGGGGUACCAGUUACACUACUUGUGCCUUGGGAAGAAAACAUGACAAUGAUACCUACCAGCUAGUCAAUGUUUUCUCCUGGCAGAUGAAUGGGCAAAUUAAGCUGUCUUCUGUUGCCCAACUCCGAAACACAGAGUCACAUUUUGUCAGUACGAUGUUAUCCUAUGUAUUCACUCUACUGCUACUCUCCAAUGCCGUUGCAUCAAAAUCAAUAAUCAAGUCCCUACCUGGCUUCGACGGUAAACUUCCUUUCGUACUAGAAACUGGGUAUAUUGGGGUGGGAGAGUUGGAAGAAGUGCAGCUAUUCUACUACUUCAUUGAGUCUGAGAGGAGCCCAAAAGAUGACCCUCUUAUGCUUUGGCUCACUGGUGGCCCUGGAUGUUCUGCACUCUCCGGUCUUAUAUAUGAGAUCGGUCCAUUAUCAUUUGAUUAUGCAAAAUCCAGUGGCGAAAACAAACCUGUUUUUGAAUUGAACCCGUAUUCCUGGACCAAGAUUGCCAACAUAAUAUUUUUAGAUGCACCUGUUGGUACCGGAUUUUCCUACUCAAAAACAUGGCAAGGCUACCAUGUUAGUGAUACAACAUCAACUGCAGAAACUUAUGAGUUCUUAAGAAAGUGGCUUAUGAAUCACCGAAAGUUUCUUACGAAUCCACUCUAUAUUGCUGGGGACUCCUAUUCAGGCAUCGUCGUACCUAUCAUCGUCCAAGAGAUUUCUGAUGGAAAUAAAUUAGGACAUCAGCCAAUAAUGAACCUCAAAGGUUAUGUGCUUGGAAACCCAGAAACGGAUGAUGAGAUUGACACCAAUUCAGUAGUUCCUUUUGCUCACCGAAAAGCACUUAUAUCAGAUAAACUCUAUGAGUCCUUCGAGAAAAAUUGCAAGGGUGAGUACUUAAAUCCAAAUCAAAGCAAUGCAUCAUGUAUGGAAGACAUACUAGCCAUCAAGGAGUGCAUUGGAAAAGUUAAUAAUCCACAAAUACUGGAACCUUUAUGUAAGGCCGCAUCUCCAAAACCAAAGGCAUCAAAAUGGGAUCCAAUGCUUCUCACGGAUGAUGACAGUGAUAUUCUGCUAUUAAGUCCCCAUAUUCCUCGACCAUGGUGCCGGAGUUACGAUUAUGUAUACAUCUAUAUUUGGGCUAAUGACAAAACUGUUCGAGAUGCUCUUCAUAUUCGCAAGGGAACCAAAAAGGAUUGGAAAAGAUGUAAUUUGACCCUUUCAUAUGUGUACAAUUUCGCAAGUACCGUUGAUUACCAUCGGAACUUGACCAAAAAACCAUAUCGAGCUCUUGUUUACAGUGGCGAUCAUGACAUGGUUAUCCCAUAUGUUGGUACACAUGAAUGGAUCGAAUCUCUGAAUUUGACGAUUAAGGAUGAUUGGGAACCGUGGUUUGUUGAUGGUCAAGUCGCAGGAUACUCAAUACUGUAUGAAAAGAAUUCGUACGAUGGCAUUACAUACGAUUUGACAUUUGCAACGGUAAAGAAACUAAAAUAA